AUGCGAUUCGUAUGCGAGGUACCACAGUUUAUGGCGAUAUGCACACCUCUGAUGGGUCUGAAAGGAAAUCUUGAUAUGACUUUCACAUCACGUUUCACCACAGAGGCUCAUCAAGGUCGUUUGCGGAGGAAAUCUGGGCUUUUACACCACAUUUUCGUUAACGUCGCCCUGGUACAGGCGCAGUCAGUGGGCAUAAGUCUUUUUGCUGCCCUUAUCACAUUUGCUAUGAAUAUUUUUCCAAUGAAGCAGUACGAAGGAAGAGAAUAUGAGGAAAUGUCCUUGAAGAACUUUCUUUUUCUUGGAUCCACUGCACUUUUUGCCAUGUCUGCUUCGUGUUUCAUAUCAUCGGCAGGUGAGCAGGUAGUUGCAAAGCCCAGAACCAAACUGUAAAA